AUGGCGUCCCUAGACGCGGAGAAAGCCAGCAUCGAGCACAUCGAGUCGGGCGACGGGAAAGACCAGAAGAUCAGUCACAGGGAUAUGAAGCACGGAGACAAGGCUUUGCAGUUUCUAGGCGAUGAGAGAGUGGAAGUUACAGAAGAAGACGACAAGCGAAUCCGAAAGUUGACCGACAAGUAUAUCCUCUCGGUCCUCGCCUGGGUCUAUCUGUUGCAGAUCUUGGACAAGACAUUGUUGGGCUAUGCGAACACUUUCGGGCUUUCGGUUGAUGCCAAUCUUGGCGGGAACCAGUACUCCAUGGUCGGCUCCAUCAGUGCCAUUAUGCAACUUUGCUGGCAGCCCUUCUCUUCGUGGCUGUUGGUAAAAGUGCCUCCACGGUACCUCAUGCCUACCAUGGUAUUUGGAUGGGGAGCCGCUCAGGCGUGUAUGGCUGCCGCGCGAAACUAUUCUUCCUUGAUGGCCUGCCGAGCUCUCUUGGGUCUGUUUGAAGCUGGAUGCCUUCCCCUCUUCUCUCUAAUGACCUCUCAAUGGUACCGUCGAUCCGAACAGCCUCUCCGAGUCGCCAUCUGGUACUCUACCAAUGGUAUCGCCACUAUCCUCGCUUCAAUCUUAGCUUUCGGCCUCAGUCACAUCGACAACCCGCAUAUCAAGGGUUAUGAAGUGCUCUUCUUGCUUUGUGGCCUUGUCACCGUAUUGACCGCACCCGUCAUAUAUCUCUUGAUCGACAACGAUAUAUCCACCGCGAGGUUUCUGUCGGACGAAGACAAGGCUAAGGGAAUCGAGAGAUUGAGGGCGAACCAAACGGGUACCGGGUCUACCGAGUACAAGUGGGCGCAUGUGUUUGAGAUCUUCUACGACCCCAAGUCGCUUCUCUUCUUCGCCAUCACCUUUUUUGUCAACACCGGUGCCUCCACCGUCAACGUUUUUGGCCCUACCUUGAUCAGCGGCUUCGGGUUCGACGCCAACAUCACUUCCCUUCUCAACAUGCCCCUUGGCGCUCUCCAGUUUCUCACCAUCAUCGGCGGUUGCUUCUGCGCCUCCAAGUUCAAACUGAAGUCUGCUGUACUCGCUGCUUUUGUAAUCCCUGUCAUCAUUGGUCUUGCCCUUCUCUAUGUCGAAAACACUAGAAAAGGCGGAAAUGGACUGAGGCAAGGUCCGGCAUUGGUGGGGUACUAUCUGUUGGCGUUCUUGUUUGGGACAAACCCGAUUACUGUUUCAUGGAUUGUGGCAAACACAGGUGGACAGACGAAGAAGGCGUUGUUGAUGUCGAUCUACAACGGCGCCUCUUGUUUGGGCAACGUUAUUGGCCCCCUCCUCUUCAACGCAAAAGACAGACCCCACUACCUCCCCGGUAUUCGCGCCAACCUCGGCCUCUUUUGCGCCCUCUUCGGCACUGUCGGCCUCUGCGCCUUCUACCUCUUUGACCUCAACAAGCAGAGGCAGAGACAGAGGGUGGCGGUUGGGAAACCAAAGUAUAUCAAGGAUACGUCGAUGAGCAGCAAGUAUGAGACUUAUGGGGCUGAUGAUGCUACUUUGGGGCAGAAUGCUUUGCUCGAUUUGACGGACUUUAAGAAUGACGAAUUUGUGUAUGUGUACUGA